AUGGCGGUCAUGGGGUGAACAGUUCGGGUUGGCCAGGUGCCUCCUCGUCGAGUAAAAUUCACUCACCUCCGUCCAUCAUCAACUAUGCGCUUAGUUCGAAUAGGGCCACAGUACCCUCGAACUCUCAAUCCUCUUACAUCAACCCGCUCGCACCUCUGAGGAAACGAUUAGCGAGAGCUUUGGCCUUCCCUCGCCGAGGGAACGGGUUCGAGGUUCAACUCGUGCUCGAACUGAUCGACGCGUUGGAACAUUGCGUCGAAGAAGGAUCACGACGACGGAGGCUUUCCUUCCCUACUCUGAACCUUGUCGGUAUCGAGACCGAGAUCGCUCCACACGAGACCGUAAUUGUCGAUUCUGACGAUCUCGAACAGGCCGACAACGACUCCACCGACACUCCAACAACAGGGACGACAACGACCCCACCGGCCCUUUCGACGUCCCUCGAAGCCUUGUUCGAAGAGGUGCAAGUCCUGAUCAAGGAACUGGUCGAGAUCGCCCCCGAUGCGAGGAAAUGUCUCGUCGCGGGGAGGUAUGGACCUUUAUCUCUUCCCGCAGGCGCUUCGACGGCUUCAAAGUUAUCAACAUUCGACCCUUCUACACUUGCGAACGCUCUCAUCGAUCCGGGGACAUUGGACUGGUGGCCCCGACGCCUUUCAAGGGACCUUCGAGCUCUCCUAGACGACGUUGGCUUCGCAGCCGUCCUACGUCGAAGGCGCCAAGGAAGUAGACGAGGACUCGACGAGGACGGAACAACUUCGGGAACCUCAGCCUCUUCUCGCCUUGGAUUUCGAGGUCGAUCGACAUUCGGGUUCGACGAUCUUCGAGAAACCGGGGAAGAGGAUUGGGAGACGGACGAGUCGCUGAAUCAGGCUUUGACGGUUGUGGUGGAAAGUUUACAGAACAGACAGGAUGGGGCAUCGGUCGUAGGGCACAAGAAUGGGGUGUGGGAGGGGGAGGGGGCUAAUACUCCUGGGCGAAUAGGCUUGGGCGUCGGGAUGCUCGAACCGGGGUUGGCGGGUGAGGAUAUUGAACGUAAGGAGAAGCUCCUGGUCGAGGGGCAGAGGAGGUGGGAUAGUUGGAAGAGAUCGCAAGGGGUGGAAUGA